ACAUACGCAGACUGUCGCCGAACUCACCUUCGCUUCUUCUCAAGUUUUCUCAGACCAGUUGCUGGUGAAGGAGAAACACACAAAAGGGAGGAAAGGCUGUGGUUGUUUCAGGAGCGUGCGGAAGGCUGUAAAACGCCACGUCCAAACCCUCAAAACUAGAGUGUGUCCUCGUGUGCCUGACCAGGAGCCAUCGCAGGAGCAUCCACAAACAUCCAGACCAGAACCGACAGCAGACACAGAUCCGCUCGAGUCUGAGCCGGUGUUGGAUUACGCUCAAGCCACGCAGAGUAGAGCUGUAGCUUCAGCUGAGAGCAGCAGCGACGUGUUCGAGGAUGCAUUCGAGUACUUACCAGUGGAGAGCAGCACAGCUCAAGCGUCAUCUGAGAACAAUCCUGAACAACAAAACAACCCAACAGAGAAACACACAAAAGGGAAGAAAUGUUUCAGGAGCGUGCGGAAAGCUGUAAAACGCUACUUCCAAACCCUCAAAACCAAAGUGUGUCCUCAUGUGCCUGACCGGGAGCCAUCGCAGGAGCAUCCACAAACAUCCAGACCAGAACCGACAGCAGACACAGAUCCGCUCGAGUCCGAGCCGGUUUUUGAUUACACUCAAGCCACGCAGAGUAGAGCUGUAGCUUCAGCUGAGAGCAACCCAACAAAAUGA